GUUGUGAUAACACUAUAAUAUAUCACGCUAAGGCAAAACUAGUUAAAUUUUGACGAACCUUGAAUAGUAUUUCAUAUCAGUAGCUUGGCAGCGUUGGCUCCCUUAAAUUAUUUGAGUACCUUAGACUUGAAAUGGGCCCUACACGUAAGCGUUUUUUUGUCAUCUGUUUUGUGAUCAUUUUGAUAAUUUGCUUGUUGAGAAUAUUACUCUGGAAUUCAGCUCUGCCAUUUUGGACUAAACAACUUUUCUUAGAAAGUAAUAAGCGGGAGUCAGUUCCAGUGGUGGUUAUGGUGUUUUAUGAGGCUUUGUGUCCAGACUCUAAACAUUUUCUAACUAAGCAGCUACUUCCAACAUUUAAGGUAGCUGCCUCAAUUAUGGAGGUGCAUCUUGCGCCUUAUGGCAAGGCAACAACAAUCGAAUUUAAUGACGAAACAACUUUCGAUUGUCAGCACGGACCUAUAGAAUGCCAAGCUAAUAUAUACCAUGCAUGUGCUGCAAGUUUAAUAAGGGACCCCCUUCUGCGACUACAAGUUGCAACAUGUAUGAUUACAGAUAACCGUGUACCUCAAGAUGCUAUGCUUAAGUGCGGAAAACAAUUCAAUAUAAAGAACGUUGACCAGAUUCAAAAAUGUUUUGAUAGUGGCCAUGGAGUGGAGCUGCUCAAACUAAAUGGAUAUGCCACACAUGCACUUAGACCUCCUGUAACGUUUAUUCCAACUAUUACAAUAGACGGGUCCCAGCGAAGGCAAGCUUCAAUUUUAAAAGAUUUUUUUUCUGAAGUGUGCAAAGCGGCCGGAGAUUCAGAAAAAGCAAAAAAUUUAUGCAAAAACAAAAGAUUGUAGUUUUUUUCAAUAACCUUAAAGGUUAAUGACUGUUUCUAGGUUUCCUGUAAAUUUGUUUUUGAAAUGCCACCAAUUUAUCAAAUAUAAUAUACGAAAGUAUUUCGAGAAAAUAUUUGAGCUUUUCAUUUUUCCAAAAGAAAGAAAUGAUGUAACUUUGUAAUUAAUAUUUAAGAAUCCAUAAAUAAAAUUGGUGAAUAUUGAA